GACAUUCCCAGUGCCAUCAGAGCCCGAUGCGGUGUACAAGACUUUGUGACACCCACGACAACUCUUCGCCGAAUCAUGGCGCGCUACCCCAUGUACAUCAGGGUCCGCUUCACACCUUCCGACAACGAUACUGAGACGCUAGAAUCGCUCUCCACGUUUGUCAUGGAGCUUCCUUACGGCCUGGAGAUUGAAGGAAAAUCGAAUCGCCGAUACAACCUGGCAGCUGCAGUGCGACUCAGAACGGCUGUCUCUGGUGAAGCCGAUUGCAUUCGGCUGUUUGACGAACAGGGCUUCAAUGUCGUUCCCGACACUGAAGGAUUUAUUUACAAUGACUUGUCAUGGGAGAUUGGCGCUGCGGGUCAUACCUACUACUUGUACUGUCUUGCAUGCGACAAGGAGUGGCUUGCUACCAACAAUACCCGAGCUGCCCACACAAGGGACUUCGAACGACCGGGAACACUCUCUGAGACCUGGCAAAAAGGCUUUGCGUUGAUGCAGGCAGCCAUGAAAAAAGUAGAGUUGGAAGCGGAACAGAGAAAGGCAGCCAGUCUCGGUCAUACGCAAGCAGCGUCUGAGGAGCCGAUCCGUCCGUCUCUAGGGAGUGGCAACGACGUCGCCGGUGGUCAAUCAAUUCAGCCUUCCCAACGAAAGAUCAAGCGAACGGCGGGACAUGACGCGACGGUUACCCCCUUGAACACCAAGAGACCUCGCCGACGUGCGCCGGAAGAGAUCAGAUCGACCCCCGAGUCACCUGACAGGCAGGGACAAUCACAUCCACAACCAAGCGACGGCGAUCAAACAGAGCGUCAGUCGGCACAGCUCCUCGGAGUGAAUCAAAGGAACUUACGCCUUCGUCAUGCGACAUCCAGUCCGGACUUAUCCACGCCUCGAGAUGCUAGAGCUCCAGGUUCCGUUAAGCAGGAGACUGAGGAGGCUGAUACGUCCCAUUAAGCCGGAG